AUGGACCCGGCGCCCUCGCUGGGCUGCAGCCUCAAGGAUGUGAAGUGGAGCUCGGUGGCCGUGCCGCUCGACCUGCUGGUCAGCACGUACCGGCUGCCCCAGAUAGCGCGGCUGGACAGCGGAGAAUGCAUAGAAGGCCUGCGGGAGAACGAUUACCUUCUGAUUCAUUCAUGCCGUCAGUGGACGACCAUCACUGCCCAUAGUUUGGAGGAAGGGCACUAUGUUAUUGGGCCAAAGAUAGAGAUUCCGGUACAUUAUGCAGGACAAUUCAAACUGCUGGAACAGGACCGAGAUAUAAAGGAGCCAGUGCAGUAUUUCAACAGCGUGGAGGAGGUGGCGAAAGCAUUUCCCGAACGCGUGUACGUCAUGGAGGAAAUAACAUUCAACGUGAAGGUUGCUUCAGGAGAAUGUAAUGAAGACACUGAAGUUUACAACAUCACCCUCUGUACUGGGGACGAACUCACCCUCAUGGGCCAGGCGGAAAUCCUUUAUGCCAAGACUUUCAAGGAAAAGUCUCGACUCAACACGAUCUUUAAAAAGAUCGGGAAGCUCAACUCCAUCAGCAAGCUGGGUAAAGGCAAAAUGCCGUGCCUCAUUUGCAUGAACCACCGGACCAACGAGAGCAUUAGCCUCCCAUUCCAGUGCAAGGGCCGGUUUAGCACUCGGAGUCCCCUGGAGCUUCAGAUGCAAGAGGGUGAGCACACCAUCCGCAACAUUGUGGAGAAAACCAGGCUCCCUGUGAACGUGACCGUGCCGAGCCCCCCACCGAGAAACCCGUACGACCUCCACUUCAUCCGCGAGGGCCACCGCUACAAGUUCGUGAACAUCCAGACCAAGACCGUGGUGGUUUGCUGUGUGCUGCGGAGCAACAAGAUCCUCCCCAUGCACUUCCCUUUGCACUUGACUGUUCCCAAGUUUAGCCUCCCAGAACACCUGGUGAAGGGCGAGGUAUGGUCUGAAACCUUGGUCCAUCAUUGGCUGGGCAUCUGCCAAGAACAGUUUGACAUUGAUGAGUAUUCACGGGCUGUCCGUGACGUGAAGACGGACUGGAACGAGGACUGCAAGAGCCCCAAGAAGGGCCGGUGCUCUGGCCACAACCAUGUGCCCAAUUCCCUCAGCUAUGCCCGGGACGAGCUCACCCAGUCCUUCCACCGGCUCUCAGUCUGUGUGUAUGGCAACAAUCUCCAUGGCAACAGUGAGGUGAACCUCCACGGCUGCAGAGACUUGGGGGGAGAGUGGGCCCCUUUCCCUAAUGACAUCCUGCCCUACCAGGACCAUGGGGACAGUGGGAGCGACUACCUUUUCCCAGAACCUAGUGAAGAAUCCGCAGGUGUCCUCGGCAAGCCAGAACUUCCUUAUGAGGAGCUGUGGCUGGAUGAAGGCAAGACCAGCCACGCGCCUCUCACACGGUCCCUGAGCGAGAAGGGCAGAUGUGACCAUUUCAGAAGUUCUGUCCGGUCCAAAUGUGGGACUUCUCCUCUUCCCGCCCCUGGGGCUCUGGGAGCACCAAUGAAGUCUUCAGAUGUCACCCUACCUCCGCCUCCAGUGCCUCCCAAAUCUGAAGCCGUCAGGGAAGAAUGCCGGCUCCUGAACGCCCCGCCUGUUCCGCCCCGGAGCGCAAAGCCUUCGUCCACCAGUCCCUCGGUUCCUCCUCGCACAGCCAAGCCAGCGCGGCCACAGACUCGGUCUCCCAGCCCCACCCUGUCCUACUAUUCUUCAGGGCUGCACAACAUCAGCAUUACUAAGAGUGACACGAGUCCUUCAGAAAGUACUCCUGUGUCCUGCUAUCCUUGCAACCGAACGAAAGCUGAUUCUGUGGACCUAAAAUCCCCAUUUGGAAGUCCUUCUGCGGAAGCUCUGUCAUCCAGGCUCUCAUGGCCUAACCGUUACACGGGAGCAUCUGAGAGCCAGACCAGGAGUGAUUUUCUAUUGGAUCCAAGCAGGAGCUACAGUUAUCCCAGACAAAAGACACCAGGCACACCAAAGAGAAACUGCCCGGCACCUUUUGAUUUUGAGGGCUGUGAGCCCGUGGCUAGCCAGUUUGAACCCAGCUCGGUCACUGCAGAAUUCAGUAGCGGCGUCUCUGGUUGUCCCAAGUCAGCGAGCUACUCAUUGGAGAGCACCGAUGAGAAAACUCUCGCAGCGGGCACCACAAAGCAGAGUGUCUCGUGCCCUGCCUUACCCCCACGGGCCCCCAAAGCAGUGGAAGAGACCGUCGCCUCUGAGACAUCUCCUUUGCCUCUGAAAAUUGAUGGUGCUGAGGAAGACCCCAAGACUGGGUCUCCAGAUCUCUCUGAAGACCAGUAUUUUGUUCAAAAGGGCAUGCAGGACAUCUUCUCCAUCUCCUACCCGCUUUCCUCUCCACUCCAUCUCCAGCUGGCUCCCCGGUCUUGUGGCGAUGGCUCCCCAUGGCAGCCGCCUGCAGACCUUUCAGAACUCUCCAUAGAAGAAGUGUCCAAGUCGUUGCGGUUCAUCGGUUUGUCUGAAGAUGUCAUAUCAUUCUUCGUUACCGAAAAGAUUGAUGGGAGUUUGCUUGUUCAACUGACAGAAGAAAUCCUCUCUGAGGAUUUCAAAUUGAGCAAACUGCAGGUGAAGAAGAUAAUGCAAUUCAUUAAUGGCUGGAGGCCCAAGAUAUAGCCAAGUAACCCCAGCUAGUGGGAAAGGAAUUGGAGGGGGGGGUUCUAGAAGGGGGUGGGCAGGGAUGUUAUUUCAUGUUUUUGCACUAAACACCUUCUCUGUACAUAGGGAUCAGAGACACUCUUACUAUGCAGAUUACGGUUUUGAAUGGUGAACAGGCUAUUUUGUACAUCAAUAAAAAUGCUGUACGGAACACUUAGAGGUGUGCCUUGUACGUCACUCAACACUCAACAGCUGCUAACAGGAAAAAGGCAUAUUCCAAGACUUCAUUCUUAACCCCAAUCGGGUUAAGUGAGAAGGCCUGAUAUUUAUUGCAAAAUAGCCAAAGCUGAACGACAUAAAACUCUUAAAAACAGAAAACACCUGUGAACAAUAAUUCCCUUUUGUUGGUGGGCUGGGGUUGACUUUAGGCGAUUAACACUAGCCUGUGCUCUGUUGUUUGGAUUGCUCACUGCUCAUUGUUGGACUCUUGUGCCUAAAAACUGUUAGUGAUCUGACAUGACCCUUCAUGUGAUCUGCUUGGCGAGGGGAUCUUUUUGUCAAAGAUGUUUUUUCCCAAAAGUUGUCUGGUAAUAGAGGUUAUGUGACGUCCUUAGGAAUUAUACAGAUCAUGACAACAAUAAUUUAUCUGUAACUGCUGCUAAUUUUUUUUUCUUGAGCAGAGGAAAAACAAUAUAGAUAUGGAUGUAUAUAUUUACGUAUACAAAAUACACCUGCACAUGUUUUACACAACCUCAUUCUGAGUUUAUUUUGGAUACAGCCUGUUCUUUUGCAACUAUCCAUUGAAGUUUGGGAGCUAGAAGGGAAAAUCAAGGCACUCUUAGGAAUAGGGGACAGAGUGAGCCCAAAGAGUCCCAGAACCCUGUCACUCAAAGUUGGAUUUUGUUAGCCUUUGUAAUGGAAGACACACAACCAGUCACUGGAGAGUCUAUUGAAGAAUUACAUUUGACUUUACCCCCUUUAUGGGGCUGGGUUUUAUAUAUACUACUACCAUGCUGAUGUCUGGGGAAGGAAUAUUUUCCGCCAGAUGUUAGUUCCCCUCUGGUUGGAGGGUCUCAGUCCCCUGCGUGGCUGUCGUGAGGGGUCUGGAGAGCAUUUCUGGGACCACAUCGGGUUGUCACCUUGCUUCGGGCUUCAGCAGAAGCCUGAGCUACAACCCCCUGUUGUUACGUGCGCUCCAUCUGAAUCCUUUGUAAAAUCCCAGAGUGUGGCGUUACUUCGCAAACAUUUUCCCCCUCUUUUCCAAAGAAAAUACUCAUGAUCCUGUUUUCAUUCGUUUCCUUCCAAGAACUCCAGGACAUUCGUUUGACCAUUUUCACUAAAUAUGAUUAAAUAUUCCAAAAUAAACUGCAGUGUCGUCAUUCUUUCUGGAGGAAGAGAAGCCGUAGGGCAAGUUGAAGCAGGAGCAAGGUGCUAUCCAAACAGCCCUGCCUCCCCAGAGUCCGCCCCGGACCCCAGACGCACACAGUCUAACGCUGCACCUCGGUGCUCGGCCAGGCAGGUCCCCCAGCAGAGCGUCCGAGUGGCUUGCAGGAUUGCAUUCUGUUCCCUCAGCUGCGUUUCCUGCUCACCGAAUGAUCAUAAUCCGAGGACAGGAGGUUGUGACCCCUUGACAUGUGUGCCUACCCCACCAGUCUAGUGCCGCAGAUCUUAUUUUUCAUAGACCUAGUCUCUAUUUCCUGGCAUUAAAUGUCAGUCUGUCUCACAGUUAGAAGUCAGAAUGAUUUGAUGCCUAGUCUCAUUUUCCAUCUUAAAGCGAGGUUUCCACCCAGUCGAGCCCGGCUCCACCAGCCCGUGUGCGUCCGCGUAGGCCUGUGCUCCGAUGGGGGUUCCGGAAUUGAACACCAGCGCUUUCUCACGAGGCACCUCUGCGUGGGCUCGAACCGCCAAGCUUUCCAUGAGCCAAGUGCGUUGACACCUCCCAGGGCCUCCUUUGGAUGGUAGCUCUUCUUUCAAAAGGGAGGGGAUUUUUCUCUCCCAUAAUAUAAAUACUCUUACAUGGAAAGCAUUCUCUAAAAUGCGUCUGUCCGGAGCGCCCCUGUCAAAGUAAACAGCGCAUCUCUGAAGGCGUUUCUGGUACUGCACUCCCGGACACCACGCCCUGCACUCACUUUCGUGUUUGGAAAGCACCCCAAAGGGUGUGUGGAGUGAGCCCCUUACUUCACACACUAACCUCAGAACUUUUCAAGUGAAAACUGGUAAAGUACCGUUGAAAAAUUAGCCCUUAUCCGAUUUGCUGAAGCCGUAGUCCUUGGACACAACUCUCGGAUUCAGAAGGAGCAGCAGAGCCAGGCGUGGUUUAUUAUGAAGGUUGCCCCAUGUAAACAAUUGAACCUUUUUAACAUUUUUAUUUUACCUUUGCUCUCGCAAAACUUGACACAAAAUUGUUGGGGUUCUUUGUUUUGUUUUUGUCCUGUGUUGAUUGACAGCGUGCGACCCUUUGGAGGGCAGGGCCUGGUUCCUCUGGGACGCUCACCGGUUCAACAUUUGUCAAGCACCUCUCCCGGGUCAGGUGCUGUGCUGGAGCUGAUGAUGCCAGGCUGGAAAAAGACACGGCCCUGCCCUCCACCUAUAUACAAAACCAGGGCUCCUGCUGAGGCACGUUUAUGUUGAAGAGGGAUGCAGCCCUUGGGGUAGCAGGAUGUGUGGAGUUAAAUGUGUGGAGUCUGUAGAAUCCACAGGUGACAGAAACAGCAGCCUCUCUCACGGUGUAAAAUGAAUCUAUGAGUAGCUUAUGUCUCCUGAUUGGUUCAAUUUUUUUUUUCAUUGACUUGGGAUAUUUUAUAUUGUAGUAAAUAUAUUCGUCAUCUCCAAAGCUCUAAAUAAACAUAACCAUAAUAAGUCAGUCCAGAACUGAACGCCUAUCGGUAGAAAGGGACUAGACAAGGCCCUGGUCCCCUGGAGAGAAUCACAACAAGAAAUGCUGAGCUGAGCUAUGAAGGAGACAGCCCGGCCCUGCUCAGAGCUGUGGCUGUCCGGUGGCAACCGUGUUCAGCCGCCGCCACCACCAGCAGCACCUUCCUCCUGGCAGGUGCCUACAGGAGACAUGUCUAAACAGAACCCUUUUUGGGGUCUUUAAACUCCUGGCAAAACUCAUCACAGCCCUCCUCAGAGAAGAGCAGUCUCUGAGCAAUAAAGAGCAAUAAAGCAAGCCAAGCAGCUAAAAUCUAAAACGUUGGGCGGAAGAGCUCAAACACUUGCAGGUCACUUCCAUCUGAGAAUCCCAAAUGUCUGCAAGUCCUGUCCUCUUCGGGUUGGGAGCUGCUUGACUUGAACUGUGAACAUUGCCCUUAGAUUCCUCAAGGCUCGGUACACUGCCGCCUUCACCAGAUUGGCAAUUGAACAGAACAGCAACCUUUCGGGAAGGAGGACAGCAGGCCCAACCAUUCUCCUACUCAUCCAGAAACCUCUCUGCUCAUAUUCCAGAGCCAUACAUAGCACACCCCGGGUAGUGCCGUGGUGAGGAGUUGGGCUGUGAUCAGCAUGGUCAGCAGUUCAAAACCCCGAGCAGCUCCUCAGGAGAAAGACUGGGCUUUCUACUCCCGUAAACAGUUACCGUCUUGGAAACCCACUGGGGGUGUCUAUGAGACAGCAAUGACUCGAUCGACCGAUGGCCGUGUGUGUUUUGUUUUGUUGGGUUUGGGUUUUUUAAGAGCACAGCCCUGCUGCUCCUCAGAGGAGAGACCAUGAUUUCCCCUGGCCUAACUCGUGUGUUGUCAUGAACAUGCUGCGUGACGCUGGAAAACGAGACCCUGCUCCAAAGACCCUCCAGAACUGGAGGAACAUUUCGGUCCACCAGAAAUGGCAAGUCUGCACUAGACACACGAGGCUUUCAGAAACCUCACGCUCAUCUCAUCUGUUCACACUAUUGAUUGGGCUGCUGUGGCCAGAGGUGGAAGAUGCCCGUAGUGUAAGCAGUAGGCAUAGGUAAGGACUGAAUGCGGCAGGACGGGGUAAUCGAUGGUUCUUCCGGCCACUCUUACUAAGUCAUGUCACUUAGUCUUCAAAACUUGGUGUCUUAGAAAUUCGUCUCAUUGAAGCAGCCAGAAGGGAGGGGUACGUGUGCGUUCAGUUAAAAUUAUAUACAAAUAUCUUCUGCCGUGUUGCUGCUCUAACUUUUAGGUUAUGAAUUUUGUAAUAGAGCUUAUCAGAUUGCAGAUUUCCUUUGUUUGCAAUCCUGAAUAGGUAGCUGGGCUUAGGUCGUGUCUUUGCUGCCAACUUUCCCUCCCAUUUUCAUAAUACGUUCCAUGUAGAGUGUUGUGUAAGCAAGCAGGCUGAAAAUGGAGCUCUGUCGAUUAAAACAUGCGGGGUGGGGGAAGGGUGUGGAGGGGCUGUCAUUCCUUGACUUACAUGGAAAUAGUGUACUCUUGUCAAAGAAUUUGGUCACCAGCUUUAUAACUGUCUUUGCUUGGAAAACGUGAGUGGUUAACUACCAGUUGACAGUUGUGUUAUUCUCCUGAGCAUAAUCUAAUGGGCCCAAUUUGUACCUCAAGAUAAACACAGGAUGUUAUGUCUGAAGAACUUCAUUGUCUGUCGAUUUAAAUGGUUCUGAAAUGUCGAUAAAUAAAGCGGUUUUAAAAUCGC